GUUUUGUGUGUGAAGCCGUUUGGAAAUCUGAAAUGCUAUCAGUCACAACUUUACAGUACAAUGGCGCCCCUUGAUGCAAUAACUGUCAAUCAUAGACACGGCCUUCCCUUGAUAACUCUUACUUUGCCAUCCAGAAAAGAGCGCUGUCAAUUUGUAGUCAAACCAAUGUUAUCGACAGUUGGUUCAUUCCUUCAGGACCUACAAAAUGAAGAUAAAGGUGUCAAAACUGCAGCCAUCUUUACAGCAGAUGGCAGUGAAAUUCCAGCUUCGACCUUGAUGGAAAUUUUGCUAAUGAAUGAUUUUAAACUUGUUAUUAAUAAAAUAACAUAUGAUGUACAGUGCCCCAAGAAAGAAAACCUGAGUAGUGAGCAUUCAGCUCAGACGGACGACCUGAAAUCCUUGGUUCACAGACUGUUUACAGCCUUGCAUUUAGCAGAGUUUCAGAAGAAGAGAGAGCACCAUUUACUGGAGAAAAUUUACCAUUUGAAGAGGCAGCUGGAGCCUCUGGAACAGAUAAAAGCUAGAAUUGAAGCUCGCUCAGAAGCCAAAACCAGUGGACUCCUGUGGGCCGGAUUAGCGCUGCUGUCCCUUCAGGGUGGGGCAAUGGCCUGGCUCACUUGGUGGGUGUACUCCUGGGAUAUCAUGGAACCAGUUACAUACUUCGUUACAUUUGCACACUCCAUGGUCUUUUUUGCAUACUUCAUAGUCACUCGACAGGAUUAUACUUACUCAGCUAUUAAGAGUAGGCAGUUUCUUCACUUCUUCCAUAAGAAAUCAAAGCAACAGCAUUUUGAUGUGGUGCAAUACAAUAAGUUAAAAGAAGAUCUCGCUAAGGCUACAGAAUCCCUGAAAUGGGUGCAUCACUCUCUUCCUUUGAGAAUGCAAGUAGAGGACCUCAAUGAAAAGAAUUAAUCUUGUUCUUAAAUGUCAGUGAUUUUUCCAUUAUAUGUUGACUCUGCAAUUUAAAAAGUCAAACUUUUUGAGUCCCAGAGUUCAUUUGAAUUUGACAGUUCCAAUCUGCUUUAUUAAUAAAAAAGGUCUUGCAAAACAGG